CAAUCGCAAACCAUAUGUUUUUCUUUUAACGCGGCGUUCGCUGCACGUGUUCCCAUUUUUAAUUUAAAACUAAAAAAACUAAGCUAAAAACUAAACAUGCAGCACGACGAUGUGGUUUGGAGCAUCAUCAACAAAUCGUUUUGCUCGCACAAAGUCAAAACGGACACUCGCACCUUCUGCCGCCAUGAGUACAACCUGACGGGUCUCUGCACCAGACGCACCUGCCCCCUGGCCAAUUCGCAGUAUGCCACCGUACGCGAGGACAAGGGCAUCAUCUAUUUAUUUAUCAAAACGGCCGAAAGAUCGCAUAUGCCCAGCAAAAUGUGGGAAAGGAUCAAGCUGUCGCGGAACUUUGAGAAGGCCAUUGAACAGAUUAACGAGAAUCUCGUCUUCUGGCCCAAAUAUAUGAUUGCCAAGAACAAGCAGCGUUUCCUGAAGAUCACUCAGUAUCUGAUGCGAAUGAGAAAACUGAAGUUGCGACGCCAGAAGUUGAUUGUUCCGCUGUCCACCAAGAUUGAGCGACGUGAGGCGAGGCGCGAGGAGAAGGCUCUGGUGGCAGCCAAGAUCGAUAAUCAUAUUGAGAAGGCGCUGAUGGAGCGUCUGAAGCAUGGCACAUACCGUGACAUUUACAAUUUCUCACAGACGGCCUUUAAUAAGGCUCUGGAGGCGGAGCGUGUGGAUGAGGAGGAGGACGAGGAGGAGGAUGAGGAGGAGCAGGAGUUGGAGCACGAAAUGGAGGUGGAGGAUGGGGAAGAACCAAGCAGGGAUCUUUUGCGUGAGGAGUUUGUGGAAGCCGACACCGACGAUGAUGAUGAUGAUGAGGAGGAUGACUACGAAAGUGACUCUGGCCGGCGCGAGGAGGUGGAAAUGGGCAGUGAUUUCGGCGAGUCUGAUGAAGACGAUGAUGCGGAUACUGAUGAUAUUGAGGACAUCCAAGUGCCCGGCAAGAAAUCAAAAUCGAAAUCGAUCAGCAAAAAGGACACCAAAUCCCCCAAGAAACGCCGCUCGAAGCCGAAAUUGGAGGUGGAGUACGAGUAUGAAGUGGAGGCUGAGGCUGAGGCCCAGCGGCUGCGUCGCUAUUAGCCAGGUCCACCCACAAAUCUUCCUCCCCCUCCUUAGCUGUUAAAGUCCUUAAUUUUUAGCUAAUUACGUUUGUAAUUCCGUUUAAGAAUAGAAUUUUACGAAAUUGAUAAAAAAAUAAGAAGCCCCA